CCCUCCGCCUGUACCUGCAUGCAGUCCGCAUGCGCCAAAGGGGGGGGGAUUUGGGGAGAGGAGGAGGGGGACCUGGCACGCAGGCCCCCCUGCCGGCCUUGCUGCAUCUCCUAGAUGACUUUACUGCAUGGAAGCCUUGGAAGAAGUCGACGGAAAUUUCUAUUCAUGGUAAUCACAGUACACACUACCGUCACUGAUACUAUUCCCAUCUUGGAGACGCGCAUGAACGGGCUGUCGUGGGAGGCGCAGCCGCUCUGCGUAGGUAGGUGUACGUAUGUUUUGUUCUUAUGUGCUACUGAUAAUCCUCACGUUUAUCGAAUAUGGCCAUGGGGUUACAGAGUAUGGUACGGAUACGGCGGCGAGGGAGCUUUUCUGCUCAAUUGACGUGCUUCCAGAUCUAGUGGUUUGUUCGCAUGCUCAUCCUCACCUCGACAGCAUUGCAGG